ACUGUCCAGUGUGCAUUUGCAUAUCAAAUGAGCUACCACCUACGGUAACCUAUUUAAACUAUGUUUCAGUGUAGACUUAACGUCACUUUGUUUCUGUUCUAAUAAAUAAAAGGUUAUAGUGUAAUGUAUUCUAAGGAUGUAUCAUAGCAUGAGAUAUGAAGCAACUAUGCCUUCCGGGAAAACUGUAACAAGUGCUUCAAGCGGCUUGUGGAUGGAGUCCCUGAAACAUCUGGUGUUUUUCUCCUCUCUGUGUUGUUUGAUAUCUGGAUACUCUGAGAGAGAUAGAGUACAUGACUUGAUGUCCAGAUAUCCUCUUAUUGAUGGUCAUAAUGACCUAGCUCUCCAGCUGAGGAGACUUUACAACAAUCAGCUGAGCCAAAUUGACCUGCAUAAUGUUAGCAAAGUGGCCACCGACAUCACCCGUCUCCAAGCAGGCCAUGUACAGGCACAGAUGUUUGCAGUCUAUGUACUGUGUGGGGCCCAGGAGAAGGAUGCUGUGAGGCUGACUCUGGAACAAAUAGAUGUGGUCAGACGCAUGUGCACUGAGUACCAGGACUUUGAGCUGGUCACAUCUGCUCAGGAGCUCAGGAAUUCUGAAAUGAGGCAUAAGAUAGCCUGUCUUAUAAGUAUUGAGGGGGGCCACUCUAUUGACAGUAGCCUGCCAGCCCUGCGGAUGUUUUAUCAGCUUGGCGUCCGCUCCAUGGCCCUCACACAUACCUGCAAUACACCCUGGGCAGAAUCAUCCUCAAAAAUGUAUAACGUCUAUCAAAGACAGAACAACAGCCUGACACACUUUGGGAAGGCCGUGGUGGAGGAGAUGAACAGACUGGGAAUGAUUGUGGACCUCUCCCACACUUCGUGGGACACAGCUUGGGCCGCACUGAACCAUUCCAAGGCUCCUGUUAUUUUUAGCCAUUCAUCUUCCUUUUCUAUCUGUAGCCAUGGCCGCAACGUACCUGACUGGCUGCUGCAUGAUCUGAAAAAGAAACAGGGGUUGAUCAUGGUGAAUCUCCACAGCAAAUUCAUAUCCUGCAGUGGUGAAGCAAACAUCUCUCGUGUGGCUGACCAUUUUGAUCACAUAAAGAAUGUGAUUGGAGCUGAGUCGAUUGGAAUUGGAGGGGACUUCGAAGGUGCUAUCAGCUUUCCUCAGGGGAUAGAGGAUGUGUCAAAGUAUCCCGCCCUAAUCCAGGAACUCCUGCAAAGGAACUGGACCGAGAAUGAGUUGGCAGAUGUCCUUCGAAGAAACUUCCUGCGUGUGUUCGAGGAGGUGGAGAGGGUCAGAGAUCAGUUGAGUUUGAACCUGCCCAGUGAGGUGCAGAUCUCCGUGGAGGAAGUGCAGAACCCGUGCAGGCUGAUCCUCAGACCACCUAACCCAAGAAGGCCCUCUGACAUAGGUCCUUCCUCCAGAGCCCAAAAUGGACCAAAAGGUCUGCUAAUUCUGACCAUUCUUCUGAUGCUUUCAGCCCUAAUUAUGAUUGAAUGAAUGUUUAGAAACUCAGUUCAAUUGCAAGUGCAAUUUUUUGUGUGUAAAUAAGGAGAAUUUAAUGAGAUUGAGUAGCCAUUUGCAGGUCAUCCCAGCACUAGGUCAGUAAAGAUAAGGGGAGAAUCACUUUCUUACCAUCAAUACAAAAAAGCAUUCAUUGUGUAGCCCCAAUUGGGAGGCAAUUUAACUGCCAACCUCUGUAUAUACACUGUGUUUUACAUAAUAAUAAUAAUGUCCAUUCCUCUGAAAGGCACUUUACCACACAUUUUCUGAGUUUAUUUAUUACAUUCAAUUUGUGGCUGAAUUAGUUGUACCUGUGCUGAAAUCAUCUCUAUGAAACAUAUGACCU